GAGUCUGUACGGUGCCGCUGAUUAAUAAUCUGCUACGGCCUCAAAAACCCACCGAGUGUUUAUCACCGGAGAUAUACCACUCUGCCACCAAUUAGCAGACCAUGAAGUUCCGGUACGCCAUGGUAUGUUCGUCCAAUCAGAACAGAAGCAUGGAGGCUCAUUCUCUGCUUAAGAGGCACGGAUUUGAUGUCUCCUCUUAUGGAACUGGAGCUCACGUUAAGCUGCCUGGACCUUCCCUCAGAGAACCAAACGUUUACGACUUUGGCACCCCUUAUAAGCAAAUGUUCGAUGAUCUCAGGCGCAAAGACCCUGAACUUUACAAGCGAAAUGGGAUAUUGCCCAUGCUUAAAAGAAAUUCAGGUGUGAAACUGGCACCUCAACGCUGGCAAGACAAUGCUGCCGAUGGUUCGUUUAGUGUGGUGUUCACUUUUGAAGAAAAGGUCUUUGAUAUGGUUCUUGAAGAUCUCCAUAACCGUGAUCAUGUUCUUUUGAAAAGUGUGCUGGUGAUUAACUUAGAAGUAAAAGAUAAUCACGAGGAGGCAGCUGUAGGAGGUCAGCUCACUUUGGAACUCUGCCAAAAGAUUGAGGCAGUUGAAUCAUGGGAGGACUCCAUUGAUGAGAUUAUCACUGCAUUUGAGGCAAAACACCGGAGAAAGCUGGUGUAUAGCAUUUCCUUCUACUGACGAUGCAUCACCGACACUAACAAAAUGAUUCAUCCUUUUUUAUCCAGACGUGGAGGCUAGCAAUGCUUGUGAUUAACUACCUUUUUUGCUGUUUAAUAUGUAAAUUUAUUGUCCCAAUUCCUGGGAAUAAAACUGUCUCAGUUCACAAACAGAAUUCAUGGGAUUUUAAGCUCAAUGCAUCUGCUCAAACCAUGGAGACUCGUUUUAAGUUCCAAAAUUUAAAUUAUCUCAGCGAAAGAAAUUAGUUCAAGAAA